CUUGGCCAUCGUCUCGAUAUCCCGCUCGUCCCGAUACUUCUCUUUCGUCACUUUCACGUCCCCCUCCCCGCUUACCUCCCCCCUCGCCUGUUUGCUCGUCCACGGAUCCGCUCUUGGAUAAAGACGGUCGCCGCCACCCCUGUCCUGUUGUUCCUCUCGCCUUGCCUCGCCUCGCCUGGCUGUCCGCCGCCCUUCCCCCCGAUACCCACGCCGCAACCGCUCCCUUCUGCUCAACAUAUCCGCUCUGCCAGCAUGGCUGUUCGGCUCCUCCUGCUCUGCCUGGCUCUGGUCUGCGGCUUCGGCACUGCUUUUGCAUCGGCCGCCUCCUCUUCCUCGUCGCAGACAAGCUGCUUCCCCGUGGAUAGACUCUGCAAGCGGUUUCCGGGUGCGCAUGUGCAUCCCGACGUUGUCGCUCAUCGAAUGGGCAUCUCUCCGCACUCCGACGUCCAGGCCAAGUUGGCGGCAUUUCUCUCGUCCAUCCAGCAAAACGGACUCUCAAAUUUACCAGGCCAUGGUUCUCCCAGCGACCGUGGUCUAUCCCUGACCGAGCGCUCCAAACUCCUACAGACCUGGAUGGCCAGCCACUGCACCGGCGAGCUGCACAAUAUCGAUCCAACCCGUCUGGACAGCCAGCGAAGCCUGAUCGGCGAACUGGUCUGCUUUGACUUGAUUCGUGCUUCGGCUGAAAGACAGCUAUGUCCUUCGGGCCCACAAUCCAGCUUUUCGCUCCAAUGCACCCGCAAGUUCAACACUCUCAUCACCACGGUCAUCAACGAGGAAGGCAGCUGCAUGGUGCUGUCGGAUCAGCCCAACGAGACCAUCUCCGAUCCAGCUACCACCAAGACAGCGGGCACUGACCUCUGUGGCUAUCUGGACAAGUACUUGAAUCCGCCGCCGCUCCAGAUCGUGCGACGGCAAAAUCCCACACGGGUCCUGGCUGCUUCACCCUCGCCCUCUGCCACAAGCGACGGCGACGACAUGGUCAUUACAAUCCUGAUUGCCGGCGUGUCGUUUGUUCUGGUGCUCCUCAUUCUCAUCAGCACCAUAUGCUACGUGAGCUACCGCCGCAUCAAGAGGGAGCUGGAUGACCUGCAGUCCGCCAAUGCUGCCGUUGAGCUGGAGCUUCACGAGACACGAUCCAAGCCAGCCGUGUCGACGUUCGCCAAAAAGUGGGUGGUCAACAAGCCCUAUCGAGCGGCCCGAGGCGAUGAGAUGGAUUUACGAGUCGGUGACAUUGUCACCCUGCUGAGUGUUUUUAACGAUGGCUGGGGACAUGGACACAACGAAACGACAAAUGUCGUCGGCACUCUGCCCCUGUCCUCACUCGUCCCGCAAAAGGUGAUCAAGCGGGAGCCCGUAGAUUCCAGCAUUAGCGGAUCAAGCAGUCGAAAGAGCAUGAGCCAUCGAAGCUCCCUUGGCACACAGGCCAGUCUCACGGGUGGGAAUGGCCACCGUCCCAGUUUGAGCAUCACGGGCAAGUCUCCUUCCUCCACAAAAUCAAUUCUGUCGGCGUAGCUGUAGAUGCAGCAGAAGUAGUACAAGCAGUGUCGUUGACGACUAGGGAGAGCGCUUCGAUGGCAAAUCAGUCGUAUGGGGAACCUGUUCUCACGGAGGAGGGCAAACGUUGCGAUAAGCAGAGCCUGCUGGAUGAGAGCUGUGGCGACCCACCUCGCGUUUCUCGCUUCAACCUCUCGGCGACGUGACAG